AUGGCGGCUGCAGCAAUUAAGAUGUUGUGCCUGCCUUCAGAAGAUGAUAAAGGCGGUAAAAAGAAGACGACCAUCACCACCGUGAACAAACCAAUGACAGCUGUGUUGGAAACUCAUGUGAAGCAUCCCUUACAAAACAGAUGGGCUCUCUGGUUCUACAAGAAUGAUAAGAGCAAAUUGUGGCAAGAUAACCUGAGGCUGAUAACCAAGUUUGACACAGUGGAAGACUUCUGGGCAUUGUACAACAACAUUCAGCUGGCAAGCAAACUUUCAUCUGGUUGUGACUACUCUGUAUUCAAGGAUGGGAUUGAGCCAAUGUGGGAAGACAGGAGUAAUAAGUGUGGAGGACGCUGGCUGAUCACCCUGUCCAAACAGCAGAGGCACACUGAACUCGACCGCUUCUGGCUAGAGACUCUUCUUUGCAUCAUAGGAGAAGGAUUUGGCUCCUUUAGUAGGGAUGUUUGUGGAGCCGUCAUUAAUAUCCGUGCAAAAGGUGAUAAAAUUGCCAUUUGGACCACCAAUGCUGAAAACCGAGACGCUGUUACCUACGUUGGGCAGAAAUACAAGGAAAGACUUGGUCUGCCUACAAAACUAGCCAUCGGUUAUCAAGCCCAUGCAGACACAGCAACGAAGAGCAACUCCAUAACUAAGAAUAAGUUUGUUGUCUAA